CUAUAUUCUUCGUAUAAGCAAAAAUGGCACGCAAACUCAUUGUUCUCGCUCUUGUCUUUGUCACCAUUGUUGGGUUGGCUGCAGCUGCAGCACCUGCUCCUUCCACAACUGACUUUCCUCCAGCUGCAGCCCCUGCUCCUUCCACAACUGACUUUACUGCAGCUGAGGCACCUUUAAGCAAUGAUUUUAUCGGUACUGAUGACGGUGGUGCGGCUAGUGCACCUUCUGCUGAUGGUACCACAGUUGUUCCAGGACCAAUGGGGAGCGCUGCAGUAGCUGAGGGUCCUUCUGAAAAAGAUGGUGCCGCCACCCUCAAGUUCUCUGCCGUUGCUGGAGUUGCCGCUGUUGCUGGCUGCUUCUUCUUCUUCUAGGCUAGCUAACUAUAAAUCCAAUAAAUUCCUCAUCCAAGCUUGAUUUGUCCUAUUUCGAGGGCACAUCUUCGAUUGUUUGAGUAGUUUUGUUUAUUAAAUUACAGUUACGUUUCAUGGUUUUUAUGGGCAUUCCACGCCUCCAUAUUUUUUUGUCUGAAUAAAGUGUUUCUAGUAAGAGUAAUUUGUUGUGGUUAAA